AUGCUAAAUGACACACCCACCAGCGACAGGACAGUUCUGAGGGCAGCCUUAUUAAGAGGCCAAAAUAAGCGGCCGCAGAUCGCGAGGAGCAUGUGGACGCUUGGGCGCCGAGCGGCUGCCAGCCUCUUGCCCUGCUCGGCGCCCCCGGGCUCUGCCCAGGCCCACGCCGUAGCCCCGCGGCCAACGAAGGACCCCCGGCUCUACGGCUGCCGGGGCCUGUGCACCGGGACCACCGCGGCCAGCACACCCAGCCAGCCCAGUCCGAGCCUCUGCUGCCUCAACCAGAUCCUGAAUGUCAAAAAGCAGUGUGUCUGUUGGAUGGAUUUGAGGACAACAGGAACUUUGGGUGACGCUGGCCCUCUGGACGAUACCACCUAUGAAAGACUGGCCGAGGAGACGCUGGACUCCUUAGCAGAGCUCUUUGAAGACCUUGCAGACAAACCUUACACAUUUGAAGGCUAUGAGGUCUCCUUUGGGAGUGGUGUUUUAACAAUUAAACUGGGUGGAGAUCUAGGAACGUACGUGAUCAACAAGCAGACCCCAAACAAGCAAAUCUGGUUAUCUUCACCAUCCAGCAGCCCCAAGCGUUACGACUGGACUGGGAGAAACUGGGUGUACUCCCACGACGGUGUGUCCCUCCACGAGCUGCUGGCCACAGAGCUGACCCAAGCCUUAAAAACCAAACUGGACUUAUGUUCUCUGGCCUACUCUGGAAAAGGCCCUUGCUGCCCAGCCGAAUGCUAAAGACAUUGAA